AUGGGGAAUAUGGACACUGAAGAGAGAAGGACUGAUCAGUUUCCUGUCGGAAUGAGAGUCCUUGCUGUCGAUGACAAUCCAACCUGCCUCCGGAAACUUGAAGAGUUACUGCUUCGCUGCAAGUAUCAUGUUACAAAGACAAUGGAGUCGAGGGAAGCUUUAGAAAUGCUGAGAAAUAAGAGCAAUAUGUUUGAUCUUGUGAUAAGUGAUGUAGAGAUGCCUGACACAGAUGGGUUUAAGUUGCUUGAAAUUGGUCUUGAAAUGGACCUUCCUGUCAUCAUGUUGUCUGCUCAUAGCGACCACGAGAGUGUUAUGAAAGGUAUUAUCCAUGGAGCGUGUGAUUAUCUUGUCAAGCCUGUUGGUCUCAAGGAGCUUAAGAACAUAUGGCAACAUGUUGUGAAGAAGAACAUUCAUUCCUACAAGAGAAACAUUGGCUCUUCUCGCCAACUCCAACCUUCUUCUGAAUCCAACCCCGCCACAAGCGUCAGCAGGAAACGGAAAGAGAAAGUUAAUGACAGUGGUGAUGAUGAAAACGACAGUGACAGAGAUGAGGACUAUGGUGAUGGGAGUGAACAAGAUGGCGAUGAAUCAUCCACAAGGAAGAAGCCUCGUGUUGUUUGGUCACAGGAGCUUCACCAGAAGUUUGUCACUGCUGUUCAGCAAUUAGGCCUUGACAAGGCUGUCCCAAAAAAGAUUCUUGAUUACAUGAAUAUGGAUGGUCUCACUAGGGAAAACGUAGCCAGCCAUUUGCAGAAGUAUAGACUAUACUUGAAAAAGAUAGACGAGGGUCAGCAGCAGAACAUGGGUCCAGAUGCAUUUGGAACAAAAGAUUCAUCUUACUUCCAUAUGGCUCAUCUUGAUCAUGGCCUUAGAGACUUUCCUUCCACAAGACAAAUCCCAAGCUCUUCACUCUUGUCUCGUUCCCAUCUCAACAAGUUCCAUCCCUCUGUGUAUUCAUCCAUAAACCCUCAAGGAAUCAACUCUUCAAGCUUCAUCCAACAGGGUCAUCAUCACCAGAACUCAAACUCAAGCAGCUCAGCUAAUCCAUUUGGAACAUAUCACCACAAUUCUCUGUUGCCAAGAUCACAGAGCGUGAACCUGUCUCCACUAGAGCCCCUCCAGUUUCCCAGAAACAAAUCCUCUGCAUACAUGGGAGAUUUUAAAAGCAUAGGAGACAGAGGACUCGGCGGUGGCUUUCUUGAUUCUCGGAUGUCUUUUGGUAGCUCUAGCACAUCUUUGCCAAGUGCUCCAAGCAACAAUAUGAUGUUCCAAGCAAACUAUACACAACCUCUGCUUAGACCCACUGAAGGAAACCAGUCAUGCCUCGAUGGAGCUCUGUCAAACUCUGGCGUCCAUGGGUUAUCAAGAUUUCCUAGUAAUAACACAUGGCAAGGGGGUUUGAAACCAGCAAGAUUCCCAUCAAACUCUUUACCGUUAAACCAUGGUUUCAAUCAGGAUCAGUUGACGACAUAUGCGGUGAAUAAUGGUAUGGAAGAUUGUACUUCUUUGGUUUCUUCUACGGUGAAUCCUGUUGGAGAGAAUAUGCAUUGUGAGCCUCAGUUGCUAGGUGACUUCAUUGGGAACAUGAAUACGUUAGAGGGACAGAAAUGGGAGGAACAGAGCUGCAACUUGCUGAACAAUCCAUUCGGUAACUUGGAGUAUCCGGUGGUGCCAGCAAGUAACAUGGUUUUUAGGGACAACAACAAUGCGAACAGAAGCAAAGAGCUGGUGGAUGAGUCACUGAUGAGCCCUCUGGAGGAGAGUGCAACGACACUCAACAAUCAUCAAGAGUAUGUGGGAAAGCCAGAGAAUGCUGGUCUUGUUGACAACCAGCAUGAUGUGUUCGAUGACAUAAUGAAUGAGAUGAUGAAACAGGAUGAGAACAAUGGAAUGGUGUCAGUGGCUACUAGAUUUGGGUUUGAUUCGUUUCCUCCGGCUUAG